AAGCUCAGGAAGUGUUCUACCGAAGGCACUAGGAGGAUCCUCUCGAAAGUUCGUCUUUAUUUGCUUCAGGGUGAAAAACACUCUAAAGUUUGUGGAGCCUCAGAAAUUCAUGUAAUAAAGAAGGGAAUAAAAGGCCAUUAAAGGGGGGAAAAAAUCACUCUGAAAAUCAGACGAGUAUUGUUUAACCGCAGUUUCGAGGGCGGAGGUUCCGGGAUGACCGCGGCUGUGGGGCCGCAGUGGCCGUGGGCACUCGCAGUGGCCGCCGCAGAAGCCACCCGACCCUUCCUGCCCCCGGACAGGGGUGGGGGUCUCGGUGCCUUUGCGGGGUGCAGGCAGGAGCCCGGCGGUAGGUGUGUAUGCGGCCACAUCCCGAGAGGGCUCCAGCUGCAGAGCCGCAGCAGUUCCCGCUCCAAAGACACGCUGCUGCUGCCCUGUGUGCUCCAAGGUGCAAGGCGCUGUGCCGGCAGGCCAAAGCGUCAGUCCCUGCCUCCCGGCGGGCCGCUUAUCUCGACGGCUGCCCCAGCCGCCCGGAGGGUGAGCCGGGACCGCGGGGCGCCUAGCAGGGCUGGGGGCCCUUCCCUGGCAAGGACCCACAGUCCAAAUCGCCCUUCCCUCCUGCGUGGCCCUGGGAGCCACAGGAGAUCUGCCGCCCGCAGGUCCCUCUCGGGGGACAGAGGGGCAGGCUGCUCUCCUCGGGGUCACCCCCCGCCUCCGCCGCGGAGCUCCCGCCACCUACGCGCCAGCCUCCCGGCGGCAGGAGGGAACGCAGAGGGCCCCAGGUCGCCCUGCCCUUACAGGUUUCCAGCGCCACUUACAGAACCUCCCGAGCCGGAGACUCCGUCUCCAAACUCACCCGAGUAGGAGCGACUCCAAGAACUCACAGUCAGACCACCGGGCAGAAAUGACACCCCUUCUCCCUCCCGCCCCCCGAGGCGCCGUACCAAUCCUCUGAUCCUGCAUGAAAACACAAGGGUUACUGAUCACACAGUUUAAGAUGCAGUCAUGCCCGCCUUCCAGUUUCUGGAAAACCCAGCUACUCUGGAUUGCUUGUCUCUCUGAGAGCAUCUGGCACCUGGAGCGAAUCGCCCAUUGCUCUGCCCCGGGCCCCCGCUGGCUCGGGCUGGGAACCGAC